AUGACAACCCAAGGAUACACCCACGACCCUGCCUUCGAUAAGGGCUAUCUCUCUGUAGGCUCCAUCCACAAACUACACUAUGAACAAUACGGCAACCCCAAUGGGAAACCAGUAAUAUUCCUCCACGGCGGCCCAGGAGGAAACACCUCACCCUCCAAUGCCGCAUACUUCAACCCAACCAUCUACCGCGUCGUGCUCUACGACCAGCGCGGCGCCGGCCAAUCUUUACCAACGGCCUGUAUUGAGGAAAACACAACUCACCAUCUGAUUGGAGACAUUGAGAUCCUACGCAAGCAUUUGGGGAUUGCGAAAUGGUUCAUGGUCUUUGGCGGCUCCUGGGGCGCUACGCUUGCAUUGUUGUAUGCGCAGCGAUACCCCGAGAUGGUGGGAUCGAUGGUUUUGAGGGGGAUUUUUACCGCGAGACAGAGCGAAAUUGACUGGACGAGGAUGCCGGAUGGUGGUGCAGCGAAAAUAUGGCCUGCUGAAUACGAACGGUUCUUGGGUUUUUUGGAUGAUGAUGGUGAUGAGCGACGGAAUCUGCCGGAGAGUUAUUCCAAGUAUAUCCUAAACGUCUCGGAUGAUGAGGUAGCACGGAAGAAGAGGAUGGAUGCGGCGCUGGAGUGGAAUAGAUGGGAACUAACGAUUGGGGCAUUGACGCAUACACCUUCGACAUAUGACAAGUUGAUGGAUGAGGACUGGGUGUUGGCGCAUGCCACGCUGGAAGCUCAUUAUGAGGCGAAUGGGGCGUGGUUGGAGGAAGGUCAAAUCCUGAAAGGGGAAAAUAUGGAGAGGAUUAGGCAUAUUCCUGGGACUAUAAUUCAAGGACGAUAUGAUGUCGUCUGUCCACCACAGACGGCGUGGGAGCUGCACAAAGCAUGGCCUGGGUCGAGGUUGUUUAUGAUUCCGGAUGCAGGCCACAGUCCCACUGAACCCGGCACGUGGAAGAAGCUCCUUGAAGUAUGUGAUGAAUAUGCCGAGUUGGAUUUCUGA